GAUCUCCCUAGUGUGACGAAGCCUAGAUAUAAAGGGUUUGACUUAAAGUUAAGGCAGGCAACUAAAAAAAAAGGAAAAUGAGCACGGAUCCCAAUGGUACACGGUGGUCGACUUCUGAAACGAACUUUGGGAAAAACCUUUUGAAAAAAUCGGGCUGGACGGAGGGUACGGGGCUUGGAAAAGAACGCGAUGGCAUCGUUACGCACAUCAAAUCGGUUCGUAAAGAUGAUGCGACGGGCAUCGGCUACAAAGCCGGUGUUCAGGAAACGUGGAAUACGCAGUCGGUGGGCUUUGCCGAUGUGUUAGAUCGAAUCAAAAAGAAAGUCCCCCUCCCGGUGAGCAGUUCCGACGUCGACGAGUCGGAAGAAGGGGAGGCGGGAUCGGAGUCAAACGCCGCCCGCGCGACGCCGUCGUCGCCGAUCGAAAGCAAACAUUUUAGAAUGUACUCGAAGCGAAACGCCCUUAAAACGGAGCUUCUACGGUUCACCGAGAAGGGCGAUGAAACUAGCCAUCGCGAGAUUUUAGGCCACGCGGCGCGCCGCAAACGAGGCUCCGAAGAACGAGAGGAGGGCCAGGCAGGGCGAAAAAAAAAUCGAAAGGAAGAGGACGACGACGAAGCGGAAAAAGACACGCCAUCGCUGCGAUCCCCACUCCUGCUGCGGUUGAUGCAGCGUUGCGUGAAGCACGAGCUCAACCCCACCGCGGACGAUGUGGAGGGGAAGGUGCGGAUAGUGAAGCCGACGCCUCGCCCGCCGAAAUGCAAGGAUACGCCCUUUCUUACGCACUAACGAGAACAACAACGACCACGAUGCCGAGGAUGCAUGAGCUAAGGCCGCGAAUGGAAUGUACUAAUAUACGAUUAACCUGGUAAUUGUUUUUUUUUAAAGUAAAAAAU